AUGAUUGUUUUACAGGCUGCCUUUUCAUUGACCAAACUGCUUGAAGCAACAUCAACUUUAUCAUCUCAGGUGGAAGAGCUUGCAGCUAAAUGCACAGAAAAUGCCCGUUUCCUGAAGGCCUGGCGAAACCUUUUGAAAGAGGGUUAUCAGUCUUUGCAGCCUAACACUGACCCUGUGGCAGAGCUUCCAGGAUCUGGGCCAUGA